CAUGCAGCCCGAAGACGAAGAAGACGCAGGCGCCUUACCUAUGUCCAAAUGACUGCAAUGGUGGUGGAAGAGAAAUAACACGGCAUCGGUCGGCGCUGACGACCACAGCAGGGAAGAGUAGUUGAACCACCGCAUUGUCAUCGUCGCCGUCUGCCAGUAACGCCCGAGCGCCCCGUUGACACGAUAAGGUGUUUUUAGCGACACUUCCCUUCCCUCUCCUUCCCGAGCUUCAGCGACAAUGUCUGAAUAUUUCCGCUUGUCUGACUGCGACGUUAUCGGCUUCGAUUUAGACCAUACGCUCUGCCGGUAUCAUCUGAAGGAGACCUCCAAGCUCAUCUAUGAGAGCUUUGCCAGGUAUCUGGUGGAACAUAAAGGUUAUGAUAAGGACCUGCUGAACCUAACACCUGCGACGUGGGAUUUUUGUUUUAAGGGCCUGGUGGUGGACCUCGAGGAUGGAAACUUAGUGAAGCUGGCUGAAGAUGGAACCGUACUGAGAGCCACACAUGGAACUACUGAGCUUAGCACGGAGGAGAUCAUCAAGCAUUAUGGUCCGGCAAGGGAGUGGAAGCAUUUUAACAGCCUCAAUACCUCUUUCGCUAAAUCUGCCAAAUACUACAUGUAUGACAACUACUUUGAUCUACCCGGUGCGCUCCUCUGCGGAAGAGUUGUGGACAUGUUGCACAAGCGGGGAAAUGAAGUCAAUUCAGACUUUUGGAAAGACAUGGUUGCUGCCAUCGACCACAAUUACAACACAUCUGCAUUCAGAGAGGAUGCAGGGACUUAUUUUCCCAGUGUAAAGAGGGACCCUGGCCGGUACUUGCAGACCUGUUCUGAUUCGGUCAAGACUUGGCUGCGGAGCAUGAAGAACGCGGGAAAAGUCCUCCUCCUCAUAACCAGCUCCCACAGCGACUACUGCAGGCUCAUCUGUGAACACAUCCUGGGGAAGGACUUUGAGGAGCUUUUCAACAUCAUCAUCACAAAUUCCCUCAAGCCUGGUUUCUUCUCCUUAAAACCACACCAGAGAUCUUUCAAGAACCUAGUGAACAAUGUGGAGGAAACGGAGGAUCUACCAUCAUUGGAAAAACCCGGCUGGUACUCACAAGGCAACUGGCUUCACCUCCAUGAACUGCUGAAGACCAUGACAGGAAAAACCGAACCCAAGGUUGUGUACUUUGGAGAUAGCAUGAGGUCGGACAUGUUCCCUGCCAGCAGUUUUGCCAAAUGGGAAACGGUGAUGAUUGUGGAGGAAAUGGAGGGGGAGGGUGUUCCCAAGAGUGACGCAGCAAAAUUCAACGAGGCCCAGGUGGAACCGCUGGAGAAAAAAGGAAAGUAUGAGGAAAGCAUGAAGUCCCCCUCUGCCGUGUCCAACCAGUGGGGUUCCUACUUUGUCGACAGAACCAGAGGCGGUGGAGAGGAUGAAGAAAGUCCCAAACUGACCUGGUGCUGCCACUGCAUCCACAAGUACAGCACCAUGGCCAUCCCCAGUGUGGAGCACAUAGCAAAUCUCCCUCUGGAUUACAAGUUUCGUAGGUUUUGGCCUGAUAAGCCGUGCACCACCGGAUACUUCCCCAGGCCCCCGGAUUCUUUGCUAACGAUAUGCAAAAGUUUGUCCUAAAAAAGAAAGUGUAUCAUUAAAAAAAAGACUCAUUCCCUCCACUCCUCCACAGCCUCAUUAGAGGAAUCGCACCAACCCCCCCCCCCCCCCCCCCCCCCGUUCCUAAAUCAUUCUGAAAAAAAGUGUUGAAUGUAACCUCAGCUAAAGAGUCUGUGUGUAUUUGAGCCUUUGUUUUGUAGUUUUAGUACACAGUACAUAUGAGAAUAAACAAGCGUGGGCGUGUCUGUGUAUGUUCGUCUAUCUGCAGAGUAAUUACUUGUGGAAAAUGUCGUGCUCUCAUGUAUUAUAUACUAUAUUAUGCUCCUUUUUUAUUUCAUUUGUCACACUAUUUGACAGGUUCAGAUGUCAUAUACUUAAAAAAAAAACAAGAAGUAACCCCCUCCAGAUGUGUUUACCUCAAUGAUGUUCCCUUCCACAAACAAGCCAGGUUAUAUUGCAGCUGUUUUUCUUUCACAAACAUCUGUGCCAUCUCUGUUAAUGUUGAAGUGUUCUUAGAAAACGUGGUUUUCUCACUGAAUUUUAGUACCUUGUAGGGUCUUUUGCCUGUGGCAGUUAUGUGGAAAAUGUUCAUGUUAAGGCAGGGGUCUCCGACAGGUAGCUCGACGCCUGUGAAAGAAUAUUUCCUUCAACUCCUUUAGUAUUUUUCCGAGUGUUCAAUUGGGACACGAUGCCUCCGUUUAAUGCCAAAUGAUAAUAAAAUAGCACGGAGACGAUGAGUACACUGUGUGAGUGAAAAUAAAGUACAAUUUCAAUGGUGCCAACACCUUUUGUUUUUGAACUUGGAGAGCCCUGUCUUAAGGUCAUAAAGUGUUCAAGAGCUUGCACAAUGCUAUUUCAAUAAAAGACGAUGAAUGUUGAA